GUUUACAUUAAAAUAUUAACGAAAUAUAAUUACUGCUGAGGGGGAAAAACAAGAGUACAACUAGAAUCUAGAUCUAUCAUCUAGAUCUACUACUCAAUCACUACUACAUCUAGAUCUAGUUGCUAUGAGUGAAAGGCACAGUAAAGAGUCACACAAAAUGACAGUUGUUGACAGUGCUAAACCACGAUUCUGGAAACCUGGUACUGCAGGGCCAGGAUUGUCCAAGAUAUCUGAAGAAAAAAAUGUUUCAGCUGAACUUGGAGAUAAUUCAGUCCCUAAUAUUGUUUACAAUCCUUUUAAAAAUUUGUCCAUUGAGCAGCAGCGACAGAAAUUGCCAGUUUUUCAGUAUCGCAAUCAGAUUUUGUACUUAGUUGAAAAAUAUCAGACUCUCAUCAUCAUUGGUGAAACUGGAUGUGGCAAGAGUACCCAGAUACCUCAGUAUCUUCUGGAAGCUGGCUGGGCCACAGAAGGAUAUGUUAUUGGUGUUACACAACCAAGACGAGUUGCUGCUGUCACAGUGGCUACACGAGUGGCAGAAGAAAGAGGAGCAAUACUAGGAGAUGAAAUUGGUUACUUGAUCAGAUUUAAUGAAUGCUGUGACAGUGAGAAGACUAGGGUGAAGUUUAUGACAGAUGGUAUUAUGAUACGAGAAAUCAUGAAGGAUCCUUUACUUCAAAAAUACAGCAUCAUUCUACUGGAUGAAGCCCAUGAGAGAGCUAUUAAUACAGAUGUCAUUUUAGGUCUGCUAAGAAAGAUCCAGAAAAAAAGAAAAGAUCUAAGACUCAUUGUAGCAUCUGCAACAUUAAAUGCAGAGGAAAUGAAAAAUUUCUUCAAUAAAAAUAAGACAGAUGAUCCAGAGAAGGACACAGCAGCCAUAUUGACAAUUGAAGGAAGAGAAUAUCCUGUAGAUGUUCAUUACAGCUUAGACCCAGUUCCCAAUUAUAUGAAAGCAGCAGUCGAGUGUGUGAUGAAAAUUCACUUCAAUGAAAGACCAGGUGACAUCAUUGUUUUUCUGACUGGAAUGGGAGAAGUUGAAGAUGUUGUAUCACAGCUCAUAACUGAGGCUCGAAAGUUGAAGAAGGAGGAGAUGAAGAUGAAAGUGUUACCCAUGCAUGGCAGUCUACCAGCUAAUGAACAAAUGAAAGUCUUUGAGAGGACUUCUCAACAUGUUCGUAAGAUAGUUGUGGCUACUAAUAUAGCAGAAGCAUCAGUCACCAUUCCAGGAAUCUCUUAUGUUAUUGAUACUGGCUUUGUUAAACUGAAGGCUUACAAUCCAACAUCAGGAAUAGAAAGUUUAGUUACAGUGCCAAUUUCUCAGGCAUCAGCUGAUCAGCGAGCUGGAAGAGCAGGCAGAGUUCGUGCAGGCAAAGCGUACAGACUUUAUACAGAAGAAUCUUAUGAGAAGCUGUCACCUUCAACAGUCCCUGAAAUGCAACGCUGUGACUUGGGUCCAGUUAUACUACAGUUAAAAGCUCUUGGAGUGUCCAACAUUUUAAGAUUUCAUUUUUUAUCGCCACCACCAGCCAAAAACAUGAUCCGAGGUCUGGAGCUCUUAUACGCACUUGGGGCAUUAGAUUCAGCAGGCAAUCUGACAUCACCGCUGGGGCUGCAGAUGGCUGAAUUUCCAUUGAGUCCUCAGUUUUCUAAGAUGCUAUUAUCUUCAGGCGAGUUUGGCUGCUCUGAAGAAGCCAUAAUUAUUUGUGCCAUGAGUCAGAUUCAAAACAUUUUUGUCACUCCAUCGGAUAAAAAAAUGGCUGCUGAAAGAGAAAGACGAAAGUUCUCGGUUUUAGAAGGAGACCAUCUUACUUUAGUUAAUGUCUAUAAAUCUUUUCUUAAGUUUGGUCAGAGUUCCCGAUGGUGUCAUGAACAUUGCCUAAACUACAAAGGUCUGAACAGAGCCACUGAAAUCACUAACCAACUGGGCAGAUUGCUGACCAAGUUAAAUAUCCAAAUUGUGUCAUGUGAAGAUAAAACCGAAACUCUGUGUAAAUGUAUACUCUCUGGGUUUUUUGUGAAUGCUGCUAGAUUGGGCUACACAGGAGAAUACCGAACAAUUCGAGACGACCACUGUUUGCACAUACACCCUACAUCAGUCCUGGCCUGUGAAGAGCCACCACUAUGGGUUGUCUUUAAUGAAGUCAUACAAACUAAAAAAGAUUACAUGAGAGACAUCACAGUGAUUCAACCAGAAUGGCUGUCAGAAAUAGCUUCACAUUUUUACCAGUUUGGAACUGAGCGAGAGUUGGCUGCCAAGAGAACUAAGUUGAAAUAAUUAAAUUUUCAAAACAAAA